AUGCCUUCUUCAGCUACUCCUGCUCUCGAUAGAGAGUUCAUGAUCAAGAAGGCCAACACAAAGUUGUGGCUCCUACAGCCGGUAGAAGAAGCGGACCAGAAGAGCUGGAAGACCAAGGUUAGGGUGGGCUUAAGGAGUGGCAGCGGAUGCAAGAAACCUCCUAGGGAUCAUGAACUGGAUGGCGGCAGCAGAGGACAGACUGGAGUGGUGGAGGCCUAUUGA